UGGGCGGAAGUCCGCUACGUCAUCAAAACAGUGAGACAGGCGGAGGGAAAGUAGUCCGUCAGUGGAUGUGACACGCUUACAAAUACACAGAAAACAACCCAGAGAGCAGCAGGACACCAUGAUCCGGCUCCAGCACCGUGUAUAGACCGCUUAGAUCAACUGGAUAUCGGACUUUUCGGAUAUUUUUCUCCCUUCACGAGACAGCAGCACCAUGGUGAAGAAGUCGGACCGAGCCCCGCUGCUGGACUGGGAGGAGACCCCACCACCCGAUGCAAACCAAACGGCCCAGCCGCAGCCUGACGCACCGGCGGAGAAAAGUUCGCAGCCUGUCGGUCGGAGGACACCCACAGGCUCCGCGGCUGGUACAGGGUGGAGCAGUAACGGUAACGGCACCGCCGCCAUCACCUGCAGCCCGACGAAGAGCGUGACAGCUGUUGUUGCCAGCGGGAACGGAAGCCCGGGCCGGCCGCGGACAGGACUCUGUGGGCACGGCUGGGAUCGCCCGGAGCCAGAUCGUAAUGUUCCCUUCCCCGGCCUCUCCGUGAGCGAUCAGUGGGAAGAGAAGGACCAGAUCGUUGCUGUUUUUGUAGUUACCUUUGAUACCAGAUCAGGUAAGAAAUUACACUGUGAUAAAAAAAGAGAGUACAGUCCGAUACUUCAGGGGUGGGUAGGGCAGUGCGAUAUAAGAACUCACGAUAUUUUCCCCGAUAUUAGCUUCGUAAAAAGCCGAUACUGGACUUUAGAUUGAAUAACAUCCUCUAUUCUUUUCACAAGCUUUCACUUUUAUUUAGCAAUACCCUGUAUCUGUUCAACAGGGGUAAAAUUGUACUAAAAUAAUGUACUGAAGUAGUAAAAGUAGGCUACAGUUUAACAUUAUUGAGGUAGAUUUAAGACUAGGAGUUUAUUAACUUACUCAAGUAAAAGUAUAUAAUUUGAAUUUGCACUUUUAACCCAUAGGAAAAUGGAGGAAAUAGGAGAAGACCCAUAAAUUAUGCAAAACUUUAUUCUCCCCAAAUUUCCUUUUUAUUUUAUUUUUUUUACAUAAACAACAGCAUAAAUUUUCCAAGAGUUUUAGACCCUGCACAAAUCCUGGUUGGAGUUAUCUAUUAUAUUGUAUAGUGUUAUGUUUUGCAGCAUUUAUGUCAGCAUUGCACAUUGUUGAUGGUCAUUAAGUCAAAGGUGGCUGUGCAUAGCAGCUUCUUGUUAAGAUUAAAAAAUAACAAUGUAAUUGGCAGUAUGAAGUAUGGCUGCAAAAGCUACAAUGUCCUGAUAAGUUUCUUGAGACACGAUCUAAUAUGUAUUUCAUCAGACUCCUUUAUGUUGCUCAAAUGAAGCAUAAUGGGAUUUUUUUUUUACUAAAAUGGAGAUUAAGAUUUUAGAGGUUUUUUUGAAAAUGUAAAAUGUCAAUGUAACUAAGUGCCAUACUUUCCGCAGACAAUACCUGAAUACAAGUACUGAUUUGACAAGUACAAGUACACAAAAAUGCAACUCAGUUACAGUAACAUGAUUAAUAGUUUCUUUCUCCUUCUGCUGUUUUAUCUGUUUCUGCUGCUGCUCUUUUUGUUUGUCUAUCCAUCAAUCUUUCUGCAUUUCCAUCUACCCUUCCCUCUGAGACCAACAAAGCUGAGGCAGAUGGCUGUCACCAUUACUCCAGUUCAGUUUGAGUUUUCUGCCUGUGAAAGGAUGUUUUUCUUGCUUUUGCGACUAGUUGAUUGUUUCCAAGUGUUCUGCUUGUGGUGGAUUGAUGGUAGGGCUUAACCCCAGGCCUAAUAAAGACCGGACUCACUCUUUCUGUAAAAUGCCCUCCUUGAGAAAACGUGAAGUGGCGCUGAAUGUUUAUUAGAGAUGAUUGAUUGACAAUGCCCAUAUUAUCGAUAGACGCAUGAUACAGUGAGUCUGUGAUAACUAUCUAAUUGCAAGACAGAAAAUAAACAUGAAUUGUGAUAUUGCCAGUUAGGGAAUCCCCUUAAAAGAGCAGCAGAAACAUUACCAGUGAAAAACUGCUUCGUUCUCCAUUGCUGAGCAUUUUUCAUCCCUUUCCAAAGUUUGCAGGUCAGAUCACAGGUUCAAAACAUAAGGCCAUCAUUUUCAUAAGUUGUGCUUUCAGAUAAAGAAAGAUGACUUGUAGUUUGGCAACAGUGGAGGCGGCUUUCAGAGUGCUGUGUUCAGAGUGCUGGUGUAGCCUCUAAAGAGACAGGAGCUGAAAUGAAGUGGUUCAGACAGCGUUGGAAAAGAGUUUUGUGGCACCAGCCAGGAUACAAAGAAAUACUUUUUUAAACUUAAAAUUAAGUAAAGCUACUACAAAGUUUUCACGACAAUAAAAUGCUUGAAAAUUAGAUACAUUUCUUCUCUUUAGAGAAUAAGAACUGACUAAUGACCGAUAAAACUGGACUUUCAAAAUAGAAGCAAGAUGACAUGAACAUUAAAGUUCAGCAAAGAAAUGUCACAUAUAGGGGGCGCUGUUGGCCUAGCAGUUGGGGUUUGUGCCCCAUGUUGAGAUGCUGUGGUCCUCAUAGGGAUGAUCACUGGUUUAACUCCCAGCCAGAACCAAUUGCUUCAUGCAUGUCUUACCUACACUCUCUGCUUUCUACAUUUUCUGGCUCUAUCUGGCUGUCCUAUUAGAUUUAUGCAAAAAUGCAUUGAAAAAAAAUUAUAAGAAGAGCUUAAAAAGUUAACUAUUGGUAAAGGCUGAUAUGAACAUUUCUGCAGACAUCAGAGGUAUUACCAAAGGCUUAACUUAAAAAUACAUUUAUCAUUUAUGAUCAAAACAGAGGCUGUUUUUCAUGUUUGUCUGGCUUGAAAACAAAGACUGUCUCAAUAAGAGUAACAAGUAAAUGAUGUUACAAGAGAAACUUUACAUUUUUGACAAUUGUAAAAAAAGGUGUUUAUGUAUCAGUAUUGAUAUUGGUAUCAGCCAAAGUAGGUUUUAAAAUAUUGGCUAAAACUCAAUGCGGUGGAUUCCUUCAAAAAGACAUGUAUUGCUUUGUCCACAGGGGGCAAAAACAUGAGACAAACCAACAGUCUCUCACUUGAGCUUUAAAUUUAUAUGAUUUUAACGAAGUUCAGGCUCUGGCAAGGUAAACAGACAAUCUUAAUUCAAGAUUUUGGAGUGGCCCCUCAAGAGGCCAAUCAGAUUUUAAAGGGGGCAAGUGCACUUCUGUGAUGACAUAUCUCUUAAACGUCAAGUACUCGGUUUUAGAUUAAGUAAACCAAAUUAUUCUAUGAUGAGCUUCAGUGAGUUUUAAUGAGCCAUGGCUGCACACUGGUAUGGACCUAGUAGAGGUUGCCAAACAUUUAGACAACGGAACGAAAUUUAUGCGCCCAUCAGUGGUGAUAAAAUAAUACCACGUUUGACAAUGCUUUCUUGAAAUAGCAACUUCCUUAUUUAACUUCCCAAGCCGUUGCAUUUACUUUAAGCAAGACAGUAUUGAGUAAAUGGUGCAUUGGAACGCACAUACCCUUUAUUGAAUGAGGGUGUAAUUCGUAUAGAGUAUUAAAUAAACAUGACAAGUUACUCAUAAAAACAGAAAAAAGGAUGGCCAUACACUGACACCUCUAAACAAGGCCAAGAUGUCAGUGUAUGUCAGGUGUUUACAGUUGCUGAGUCAGUGCUUUCUUACUGUCUCUGACCUCCUGACACCUCAUGACUCACAUACAGAAUGAAGGGAAGAGGCAAAAAUGAAAGUAGAGAAAAGAGGAAGUAAUUCUUCUGUUUUUAUGUGAUUUUCAGGGAACAUUGUGGAGUGGUGCCUGCCUCAUGACAUCAACCUGGAUGGAGUUGAAUUCAAAUCGAUGGCCAGCGGCUCCCAUCGGAUCACAAAUGACUUCAUGUAUGUACCUUUUCUAAACAAGGAAGGAAGCAUGAAAUCUAGUCCUGAGAGGGAACAUUUGCCUCUUCAAUCCCUGCAGGAAAUCUGUCUCUGUGUUUACUCCUCCUCCUCCCUGUUUUGCCUUUGGGUAGAUAUUUCCGUAAAGGCUGUUACUUUGGGCUGGCCUGCUUUGCGAACAUGCCUGUGGAGAGCGAGUUGGAGCGAGGAGCCAGGAUGAAGUCUGUGGGAAUCCUGUCUCCCUCCUACACCCUGCUCUACCGCUACAUGCACUUCCUGGAGAACCAAGUUAGGUAAGUCAACCAUGUGUGCGUCAUGUGUUGGUGUCCUUCAGUCUUUCUUUAUUUAGCCUCUUUUGCAUUAACUACUUUCUUGAUAUCCUGUUUACCUUCGUUUUUUCCCUCCCCUACUGCGGCCACAGGUUUCACUUGAGUUCCUGCCUCCUGUUGUUGCUGCUUUGUUACAUUUUUUUCUCAUCUAUUUAUCAUGAACUCAGAGUCCCAGCUCCAGCUUUCAUCACAGGAUACCAUUAACAUUCAGUUUUUGUUUAAAGUGUAGGCACAGAAGUGGAAGAAGCCUUGACAGCCUCGCUUUUCAUUUCCUUUCUUUUCUCCAGUAGCUUUGCUCCUCUGCUGCAGUCCUCUAACUGACAAGCUUAUCCCCUCAUUGACUAUGUAUAAGAUAUGAUCAGGUUACAUUCACAUGGCUCAGGUUGCCACCUAAUUGAGUCUGAUAGGAUCCUAAGAACCAAGCCUACUGUUAGUCUGGUUUGCUGUGUGUUUUUUACACUCGGUGCAGAUGGAAAAUAUCCCCUGAGAUGGUGAACCAAAGUAAGGCAAUCGUGAUUACUAAAUGGUUAAAAUAAAAAAGGGGCAGAUAUAUUAUGAAAAUGGCCUCAAUGGCACUGAUUGAUUGUGCUUUCUUUGCAGUCAGGGACGUGUUUAGGGGGUGACCAGAGGUGGUAUAGGCCCCUCCUUGAAAUUCAGCUAGCCACCCUAGAAACAGUGUAAACACUCAGUGUGUUUGCAUGCACAAAAUUUUGGGUCGAUAUACUGUUAAAGCUUCAUCAGGCAAUUUAAUUUGACUUCUGUCCUUGCCCCAAUGUACAAACUACACGUAAGAAUUGAUUUAUUGACACUAGAAGUCAAUACGUCCCCUAUCAGCAAGUGACUGUUGGACUUUCUUCCUGGUUGCCUAUUGCUUUAUUUGCCAAAAUAAUCAGCAACCAAGUUAGCAAGAGGUAAAGUGAUCCUCCUCGCUAAAAGCUACAGCGUGCCUUCUGAAAGCCAAGUCAGCCAUGACCCUGAUUUAGGACUGGGUGAUUAUAUGAUCAUGAUCGAUGAUCGUGAUAAAUUUUCGGUUCGAUCACGGUGAUCAGCUGUGAGCAUAUUUACUCGAUCAAACAUGGCUGAAAUGUGCGUCACAACAGCCAAUCAAAGUCGAGCUUUUCCUGAGAAGUACAAACAAACAUGGAGCUAAACACAGAGCUGAUAGUUGUCAGCCGUGACUUUGAGUCAUCCUCCAAAGAUGUUAUUGUUGAGAAGUUAUUCAACAUCGGUUGUGUGGCGGUGGUUUGGGUAUCUCCAAAGUGAUGUCGAGUAAAUAAGCCGAUGAGCAAGGUAUGUCGGCGAUUGGUGCCCUCAAAAACUGGCUACACAACAAAUCUGUUCAAUUAUUUGAAGAAGUACCCCCCCAAUAAUUAUGCGGAAAGCGUGAAAAUGUGAGCGGAGUCUGUACAGCCUGUCACUGCUGACGGCACAUUAGCAUUAGCAGGUUAGCCACAACUAGCAGUGCAACCACCAGACCUAGGCAGCGAAUAAUCGUAUCAUUUACGUUUACAUCAUCUAAUGUUUACAUUUUAAGGUGUCUUCAUUAUCUCUGAGAGGGCGAUUUGUUUAUUUUGGGACUUGCAUACCUGCAAAAACACUCAGGACUGUUUAUCUACAUUUGUUAUACUGUUGAGUUAAAAUGUUUUUUUAUGUAUUUCUAAGUUUAUCUUAUUCAAUUUGCUUUGUUAUUUACUUUGUAUGUUGAUAAAAUGUUGAACUAAUCUCUAGUUUCUUUAGUUUUUUUCGACAGAUGCUUUAAAACAGGCAGUUAAAAAAAAAAUCAUGACAAUAAUCGAGAUCAGACGAUAUGACAAAAUAUAUCGUGAUCAUUUUUUUUGCCAAAUCGCCCAGGCCUGAUUCUGAAAAACUCAUGAAGUCUUCAAAAUUAUCCAGUUAUCAAAAAAACAGCUUCUAUACAGUAAGUGAGGGAUAGAAAAAUUAGCUAUUCAGACUAAAGUUGUUUUUUGAACCGGUCUGUAAACGUUUUUUGUACAGUUUCUGUAAAAAAAAAAUGUUUUUAGGAUUUUGCAGCCUGCAUAAGUGAACAUUAGAAGAAUUUUUAGCACCUUUGCAUUGGCUUCAUUGCUCAAGGCUUGAGGUUGCAGCUCAGAGUGCACAUACUCUUUAUACAACUCCUGUAUGAGUCAGUGCCCACAUUGGGACACCCCUGUCAAAAAAAGUCUGGACACGCCCUGGUGUGCAUUCUGGCAGACAGUGAUCAAGAGAACAUUUUUGGAUGGAAGAUGUGAGCAGCACUGACAGGGCGUUCAAAUGAACAUGCGGUUUAUUUAAACAUGCUCAGACAUGAUCUGUCUCCUGUGUUUUGCCAGUCUGGUUUGACUUGGGUGACUUGACAGUCUUCUUUCUCUCUUCUACUCCACCUUUUUCUCCCCAUGCUGUUUUCUUUGCAGACACCAGUUGCAGUGUCCGGGCCAAUACUCUCCACUAGAGGCCUUCUAUGAUGAUAAAAAGGCGACGCUCCCUCCUGCAGGAAACGGUCUGGUCACCGCCUGCCCAACCUGGAGUGUUACCACUAUCAACCGCUGCAUGCACCCAGAGAUGAAGGUCUGUGAACACACUCAUACUGUCAAUAAAAGCAGUUUUGCUCAGCAGAAAAUGACCUUUUUAUCCCUUUUUGUUUGGCCCCCGUAGAUCACCCAUCCAGCUGGCUGCAUGUCUCAGUUCAUCCAGUUCUUCGGGGAGCAGAUCAUGGUGCUGUGGAAGUUUGCUCUGCUUAGGAAGCGUAUCCUCAUUUUCUCGCCCCCACCUGUCGGCGUCGUCUGUUACAGGGGUGAGAGCCUCAACACACUCAGAGCUAUUUAAAUGGUAUCACUGAAUAUAAGAGUCUGAAUCAGGAUCAGCAUUAUCACAACAGUGGACACAACAAGACUGACAGAUUCAGAAGAUAAACCAACAAAAAUGGGCGACGAUUCAGGACUUAGUUCGGAACAUAAUUUACUGUGCAGUUGCAGCACUAUAACAUUUCAUGAUUUCUCUUUUUCCAUUCGUAAAACAUUUUAUAACCCUAUUUUGUCAAAUGCUGUAAAAGAGGGUUCAUUUUUAUUAUUAUUAUAAACUGUUCAAGAUAUGGUCUUUCCCUCACAAUAUUUCACUCUCUGUUUUUUCUUCUCCCCUCUCAGUGUAUUGCUGUUGCUGCCUUGCCAAUGUUUCUUUACCUGGAGUUGGUGUCACUGUGCCUGAAUUACGGCCUUUCUUCUACAUCAACAUUGCCGACAUCCCCGCCCUGGAAACAGAGAUGUCAUACGUUGCCUGUGAGUGUAAACUUACCGCACAAACUAGAUGACGUAACUGUUGUCCUCAUCAAAUGUUAUCUUAUGUGAGGGCUUGUUUGUUCUUUAAGGCACCACAGAGAAGAUUUUCGAGGAGAAGAAGGAGCUGUACGACGUUUAUGUCGAUAACCAGAAUGUGAAAACUCACAAAAGUCAUCUACAGUCUCUGCUCAGAGUGAACGCUGCAGAUAAAGAGAAAUACAGCAAACUGAGUGAACAGAGGUACGCCUUUAAAACAUCACUAGUUUUUAAAUCCAAAAGAUCCUGUUACUAUUAUCUGAUGUUUUAAAUGUUUUAUUGAACACAUGCAGUCAUGUCUUUAAUUGGGGAGUAGGUGUUGGCAUAAGGCAAGCUUUUUUUGGUAAAUAAUUGUGUUUGAGGUGCAUUUGGGAAUCACAAAAGUAACCAAGUGUCAUAACACAGUGAGCCUUCCUUUCAUUAAUGUCAGUGACUCUGACACAAAUGAGCUGAGUCACUCUGAGGCCACUCACACACAGAGAAACUUUCUAAGGCCUCUGCCGUCACCCUACUCAUAUGGCUUUACUGGCUCCUAUGCUAACUUCUGCUGUCUAUAAUCCAGCAGUUGUUGUGUUUAUCUAACAGCAUGAGUUGUCAUCCGUUUUAGUCACAAAGUUCAUCGCACACACACACACACACACAUUUGAGAGAUAAAAUCUAACUCCAAGGUGAGACUUGAAAACCGCUGUCAGUAUGCUGAUGUGAGAUGUGACGAAUCAGAUGACUGAAACAGAUGACUGAAACAGAUGACAUAUAAUUGAGACAAACACACAUAAAGCGUAAUUAAAGAAAACAGAAAAACGCAGAGUUCAGGAUUGUAGUUUUCAUGGUCUUUAUAAAAAAAUAAAAUAAAUAAUAAUAAUAAAAAAAGAAACCUCCUCCUUCCCUGCAUGUCCUGCUCUGCUGUUUUAUUUCAUUUCCUGCCCUUCCCACUGUCCUAUUGUUUCAAAUCAAGACACAAAAAACUAAAAAUACAUUUUAAAGAUAUCAAAAAAGGAAAAAUUUAACAUAUACACUCACUUAUGCAUACAAAAGAAGUCCAUAACACAGCCCAGGAGAUUUCACAAAUAAAUACAUCAACUAAAGAGUGUAAUAAACAGCUUUUGCAGCUUUCUUACUCUUUUAAUCAGAAAUGGCUCUUGUGUUCUGCACAGUUUCCCUUAAUAAAGGUUUGGAGUAACUAAAUUUGGCUUUUUUAAAUUGGUAAUACCUCUGAAAUUGGCUUUUGUGGGUCUUAGGAUGAACCAGCAUCAUUAAAAAUGAUGAAUGAUGGAGAAAUCUAACCUUUAAGUACAAUACCUCUUAUUUGGUUUUGUUAGAGGACAGUUCAGCUUGGAGUUGACAGGUGUACUCAGGAGACAGACAGCUAAUCAUAGACUGAAACAGACAUACAUAUAGCUUAUUAUAAAACCCACGCUGAACCUACCAGUGGAGAACAUCUGGUACCUACACUAUCCUCCCAUUGGUUACAUUUCCUUUUGCUAUCCAUGUGGGGCAGAGGCAGUCAUUGUGAUGUCUCAUGCAGAAAGGUCGAUAUGCUGAAAAUUUGAAAAAACUCACUAAUUUGGACAGGGUAGAUUUUUGUUGUAAUUGCAGAGGGAUCAACAAAAGGACCUGCAGAAUUAGAGGCUAGAGGAUUCAAUUUUUCAGGCAUGUAAUGAUAGAUGAUGACUUUUUGUCCCCAGGCAAAUGUUGCUGUACUCUCAGGAAGUUGAAGGAGACUGCACUUCUAAUGAGGAGGAUCUUUUCAUCCUGUGAGUCCUUGAGAAGUGUUUUCACAGACCUUACAUCUUAAGGAGAGCGCUGUUAUUGUGUUGUCAUGAAAUGUCGUGAAGGAAGGUUUAUGAUAACAGCUAUUCUUCAUCCUUUCCUUCCAGAUUCUUCAUGGAGCUGAACAACCGUAUCUUCCAGACCCUAUCUGAGGUAGCAGGGAGCAAUGAUCCCACCCUCACCGAGGAGCACAUGAGGGCCAUGGGGCUGGACCCCAAUGGCGACCGCUCCUUCCUGCUCGACCUGCUGGAGGUGUACGGCAUCGACGUCAACCUGGUCAUAGACACUCUCUGCUGCCCCUGAGCAUCUCUCUGCUUCAAAAAAAACUCUGAAUACCACUGGAUUUUUGUGCCUUUAAGGCCCACACACACAUACACGUAUACACUCCAAGACACGAAAGACACUGCCCCCACCCCGGGACCUCCAUCUGUCGCCUGCAGUCCCAUUGUGGGUGCCUGUUUACUCCAUGUGUGUCCCAUAUGACUUGUGGAGACUGUUACUAUCCAGCGUGGAUGACAAAGACACUUAAUGCUGGUGCGCAGGUUGAUGCAGGCUGAUGCACUUGCCUAUCAGACGUUGCUCUGGGCAGCAUUGUGCUCUUAUCACAUUUCACAUCCAACAUCAUGUUUCAGAAAUACUCAUUACCUGCUUUUUUUGACUGUGAUUUCACCUUAAAGCACUCGAUAUAAACACCCUGUAAUGAUCAUCUCAACCAGAUGAUGAUUUGUUGUCCUUCUCUGCAUAGUGAAGAAGUAACUAAAAUAUUCACAGUCCUGCAGCUUUAGUGACCACUGACAUUUCUCCUGAAGAAAGAUGCACAUUACGUGGGUGAGUUCUUACUGCUGUGCACCAAGAGACAUUUAUAACAUAUUCUAUCCAUCAUAAUGUGCAAAAAUUCAGACAUUAACAUGGAUAUUUAUGUGGCUGUUGUCCAACAGCGGAUGAAAUGCUUUACUGGGCUUUCAAAAAGCAAAAGGAAGCAAUAGAAGUGUGUUUGUAGUAAAAAUCGUUGUCCAUAACUUUUUUUUACAAGUUAAAAAGAGUUUUGGGGUGUUUGUGGAAGAUGAGAAAAUAAUGGUAACUUGUGUUUUUUAUAACAAAGAUGGUUAAUAAUAUUCAAGCUGUGCCACAGAAUGAGAAGAGGAAAAUACCUUCAACAUGUAAAUGACCUGUUUGUGCAUCUCUGUGUGAGAGGAGACAGAUGGAGACUUUAAAGAGGGGGUAUUAUGCUCAUUUUCAAGCUUCACAUCAUCUGUCUGAUAGCUUUAUAAAGCUUUGAAUUAUUUACGCUUAAAAAUAAUUCUUGACUUAUCUCAGGCUGCUGUCUUUGCAAACCAAGUACUGUUUCUUUAAGAACCCACCCCCCCUUCCAGCACUCCAGAUCCCAACAUUUCAGAAUCCUCCUCCGCUGUUGCCAUGCCAUGAACUCAUUAUUUUUUAUUUAAAAUGAAAAAUUAUGAAAUGUGGCUAUACAUGUUGGGUCCCAAAUCGGACACCGGAGAGUUCAAAAAGGGACAAAACAUCCUCAGUAUUGUAGAGUAGAGCAGUGUCUUGCUCUUGAGGAUAAAAAAAGUUUGUAAUUCUCGUAAAUGGAGACUGAACAAUUGAUGAUGUCACAAGUUGAGCAAAUCUACUGUCCUCCUCACCCAAGCCUUGUGCGAGUUUUUGAACUAUUCAGAGCAGCCUGAUGUCUCACACCGGGAUUAACUCACAAUUUGAAACUUUGCCCAUGUUAACCCUUUAGUGUUAAUUCAUGUUAUCAUGUUUGUGGGCGGAGCAAAAAAAAAUCCCACUAACAUGUUAACCAGCAUUAGCUAGCAAAUUGUUUUUGGUCUGUUUUUGUCAAAAGUGACACAUCUCUUGAGAUAUACGAGAUGUCUUUAUGUUAGGGUUUAGUUAUUUAACACUGAUGAACAGGAGCAGACUGGCUGACCUGUACGCUCAGUGGAUGAUUUGACAGGUCUGUCUAAGGUGUAAUAGCCAGGCAUUGAAAUGUAACUGAUAAAAAAAAACAAAAAAAUUUCUAACUCCUUUCUAUGUGCAAUUGAUUGCUAUGAAAGUUGUACAAAGGAGGGCUACAAAUGAUUUCACCUUAUUAACGAAGAUAAAGUUAGCCAGGGAACUAAAUAGUUAUCAUAGAAAUCAAAUUUUCCCCACAACAGCGCCCCUAUUUCUAAUCAGAGGCUAAUAAUGAUAUGAUAUAAAUAACAUUAUCUAUUUAUGCAAAAGUAAAUACAUGUCAUUGAGCAUUUCUGAUGAUCUCUGCUGCUUUCUUUUUUUUCUUUGUCAUAUGUUUACCUGAAGUUGUCUUCAUGGUGGCUGGUAAACACUAGUAUUGCACCUGUGAGAUGUUACUAUUACUCCCGUUGUGGCACCAAACUAUCAAACAAGAGCACAUCUUAAGACUCCUACGUCUCCUCUCCCCUCUGGAAAUGACUCCUGCUUGUCUCCAGUUUUGCUCCAUUUUCCCUCCAGCUAACAAUGCGGCGUGAUUGUGACAUCCACCCUGCACUGUCUGUAGAAAUUCGAGAUUUGAACUCAACUGUGAAAAUAUGAAAAAGCAUAAUACCACCUCUUUAAUGAUUGUUAUGGAGCGGUGUCACAGAAUGAAAAGAAAAAAAAGCUGUUUUUCACCAUUUUUGCACCUUCAACACAAAGAUCUGAUUGUGACGGAGGACUGAUGGAGACUUAAACUCUUUUCGUUUUCACAUGUUUUACCCUCGUAUGCUGAGGUUCUUCUACUGUCAGUGAAUGUGACUCUAUCACAAACUUAACAUGAAUGCUGCACUUUGUAAAAAAAAAAAAAACUGGAUUAUCUCUCGUUGCACACAGUGACCAUGCUUAACCGUACCUUUUUUAAAACUAUGUUAAAGGCUCUGCGAGUGCAGGCUGUCAUUGUUGUUUUUUUACUUGAAGCAGAGGCUUGUGGACCAGCUGAAACUCUUAUAUAAUAUCCUCUGUGCUCCUGUUUUAGGAAGAGUCCCUGAUGGAGCUGUUUAUGGUUUACUUGUUGACCAGCUUUAGAGAGAUCCUCUCUGUCUGUCUGUGCUCUUGACAAAGACCUCUUUGUGUCUUGAGGAUCUGGUGUCAGUCCUCUUUGGGCAGAUUUAUAGGGAGGCCCCGGUCCGUUCCAGCUGAGGGGUUCCCUUCGCCUUUUCACCACAGUCCCUUUGAGUGAAUCCUGCUCUAGAGAUGGGCCAACUGUGUCUUUUGAAUUCGCCUGGCAGGACUGCUUAAAUUUCUCCAUCACAUUGCCAAUCAGAGCGAUAAUUUGUUCCAUGUUGGAACACAUGAGGCUGAAACUCGCCUCGAAAAUUUGGACUGAGCGGUUCUCAAACAUGCAAGCUUAAAUACCAAGUCUUUUUUAACAUCUUUUUAAUUCACUUUUUUACUCUUGCGCUAGUGAAAUGACCUUUUCGGGGACUGUUCCCAGGUGAAGCACUGCUGAUGGUCAGCUCUGUUGUUCAUUUGACCCUGUGAGCUUUUUUCCUGGGAUGGUAAAAAAAAAAAAAAAAAGUGCACUAAGUGUUGUAAUAUAAAAGAAAGGCACUACAGCUUUGUUGUUUAAACGGGGCCUUAAGGAAAUGUGACGCUCUCAUACUCACCAUGGCAAAGUGUCCGACUCGUCUCUGUUUGCGCGUCAACGGUAUUUGCUCAAAGAUUAUGUCCUUUAGCCGUUGACUCCUUGAUCUUGUCAGUGGCUGAUGCUUUUGCCUCUCAUGGUGUUUGCUUUACAGGUGUGCGUUCAUCGUAAAAGAGAAUGUACACAUCACAUACACACACACAAAAACCACUGUAUAAAAUGCCUUCUUUGUUGAGCCAUUCACAGACAUGUACCAGCAUUAGCUAAGUAAGUUGUUUGUACAGCGUGUCACUCUACUGAAUGUCAAACAGCAAAAGUAUUGCACACAUCCGAGUAAUGUUUUUCUUCUGGAUUGUACUGUAAAUCAACAGCUUUCACCUAAAUAACUCAAUAAUAAGUCUCCACCUUAAUAAUGUGAAACACUGUAAGAGAUGUCAGUGAUGUAUCCAUGAACUCAAUAGCAUGAGCAACUGUUAAUUUCACUGUACUGCCAUUGUGAAACAAUAAAACGCUGAUACAGUCAGGUGUUAUCUAA